AUAUGUCGACCAAUUUUUCUAUCCCGAAAAAAAGACAAUAACUAGAAGUUCAUUAUUAUUGUGAAAGUUAUUUUAUGUGGAAAUUAAUACCAAAAUAGUGUAUCAACUACAUGAAUCGAAAAAAGGAUGGCAAGAAAGGUCAGAAAAGAAGGAAUUCAAAACCUGAAAAUGAUAGCUCGGAGAAACCAAGUAAGAAACAACAAAGUAGUACUCACGAUUCAAAACAUGAGAAGGUAAACAAACCGAAAACAAGUUCAAAAAAUAAAACGGUCGAUAAAUUACAGACUGUAAAUAUGUCAACGUACAUACCAAAUAUUGAUUCCCCUAUCCUACCUGGAAGAUCCAACAUACCACAAUAUACAACACAACAAAUGUCAACUCCAAACUUUACUUCACCAACGGGCUACUAUCCUUAUGGACCCCAACCUAUUCCAAAUAUUCAACCAGUUAUGCAUUCAACAAUGAAUAUGGGACACGACACAAACAUCAAAAUUGACAAUCUUGACAGAAAAGUGGAAGAAAUGUUGACAAAAUUAUCUAUGCUUGACUCUUUUGGUGAAAAAAUUGACAAAUUUGAAAGAAGUAUGCAAACAUUUUCAAGCAAUGUAGGAAAAAUUACAGAUAGAGUAGGAGAUAUAGAAAAAAGUUUGGACUUUAUAAACUCUCAGUUUGAAGUAAAUAGAAGUGAUUUAUCCGACAUGAAAUCUGAAGUUACUGCUAUUAGAUAUGAAAAAAACGAAGUGGCCGAAACCAUGCAAAAGGUACAGAAUAAUCUUGAUGAACUACAAGAAAAACACCUAGAUCUUCAGAUUCGGUCAAUGCGUGAAAACCUAGUGUUCACAGGAAUUCCUAUGACGACAGAAAAUGAAGAAAGCGAUACAACGGAAGGAAUUUUGAAAUUAUUCAUGAAAGAAGACAUGAAAAUGGAAACAGAGAUUGAUUUUCACAGAGCUCACCGAUUCGGACAGAUGAAUGAGAGAAAAAAUCGAGACGGAACAACAUUUAAAACAAAACCAAUUGUAUGCAGGUUCAAGAGCUUUAAGGACAGAGAAAUAGUACGGAAGUCUGCAACUAAUCUUAAGGGGACGACCUUUGGUGUUUCAGAACAAUUCCCUAAAGAAAUCAACGAAAGAAGAAAGUUGUUGUGGCCUUAUUAUAAGGAAGCUCGAAAACAAAACAAAAAAGCUCUUAUCAAACGAGACAGACUUUUUAUUGAUGGAAAAGAAAUUAAGCCUCGACCAUCAUAUAUAGCCGAACAUACUACACGACGUGAAGAAAAUACUACAAGACGGGAAGAAAAUACUACAAGACGGGAAGAAAAUACUGCACGACGGGAAUUUCAAUCACAGGGAGCACGUCCAAAAACUAGACGACGAAACAGACGAGAUGAUAUCACUUCGGAUGAAACCGCAAGUAACGGAAGAUAGGUGAACCAUGGAGGGCAAACAAACUCAGUGAACAGUGACAAUUCUAACGAUUCGGAUGACUUUCACGGAUCAACUGGCCAUACUGUGAACAAGAACUCAGAUAUUAAAAUAUUAUCUCUAAAUGUAUGUGGUGUCAAACAUCGAUUAUUUUAUCCAGAAUUCCAAUGUUUAAUAAAUAAAUUUGAUAUUGUUUGUUUUCAAGAAACAAAGCUUGAUGAUAUAGACAUUAUUGAUUGUGAAAACUUUAUUUUCAAGUAUAAAAAUAGAAAGAAAAUUUCAAACUACAAAUCUGGUGGUAUUGCUAUAGGUUACAAAAAAUAUUUAGAACAUUACAUUACUGUAAUAGAAUCAGAAUGCCCUUUUGUUUUCUGGUUUUCUGUUAAAAAAGAAAUUUUUGAUUUCCAAGAAAAUGUUAUAUUUGGUAUAACUUAUAUACCCCCAGAAAAUACAAAUUAUGCGUCAGAUGAAGCCUUUUCGGAAAUUGAAUUUGAGUUUCAAAAUUUUAGUAAGAAUAAUGAUUACAUGUGUUUACUUGGCGAUUUCAAUAGUCGAACUGCAACGCUAAAAGAUUUCCAUGAAAUCGAAGAUACUGAUGAUACUCAAUUUAAUGAUAUAUCAGAUAUAAAUGUAUUUUCAGAUAUAUGUAUUCUUGAUGAUAUGAACAUAUCAAGGUGUAGAAAAAAUCCAGACACUAUUGUAAAUAAGUAUGGUAGAAAACUUAUUGAAUUUUGUAAAAAUAAUAAUAUGUUUAUCCUAAAUGGUAGAUUUGGAAAAGAUAGUGUUGGUAGAAUGACUUGUAAAAAUAUAAGUG